GGUCCUUUACUGGUGGAUAGUGUCAAUACCCCCUUUAGGGAUGGCUAGCUCUCAAUUGCUUUUACUGUAGUUUAAAGGAAGCAUGUCCUUGGCUUCUGCUCCUAAAUGCGUCUCUUGAUACUGAUAGUCUAUGCAACUAUCAACCAGUAGCUAAUUUUCUACUUUUUGGUCAGGAUUAUGGAACAUGUUAUGGUGAGUACUCAGAGUAGCUGGAUGCUUCCAGCUUUCUUGACCCUUAUCAAUAGGAAUUCUGACAUUAUCAGAUCUAUCAGCUGUCUUCAAUACUGGCUUAUGAAAGGUGGCUGACACAUCCAUAGUCCAUGGAAAUAGUAGAUUGGGCUACACUAUAGGGGCAUCACUCCUGAGAUAUCCCAAAGGUUAUUGUUGGGCAAUCACACUUCUGCCCCAAGGGCUGUCAUGUGGAGUGCCAUAAGAAUCUCCUUUGCCACCAUAUUAUUAAAUGCAAUUGCUCCCUUCUUGUUCAGGGCAGUAGUGAAGUACACUAAGGCCUGGUCUACACUAAGAGUUUAGGUCAACUUUAACAGCGUUAAAUCGAAUUAACCCUGCACCCAUCCACACAACAAAGCCAUUUUUGUCGACAUAAAGGGCUCUUAAAAUCGAUUUCUGUACUCCUCCCCGACGAGGGGAGUAGCGCUGAAAUCGACAUUGCCAGUUCGAAUUAGGCUUAGUGUGGAUGCAAUUAGACGGUAUUGGCCUCUGGGAGCUAUCCCACAGUGCACCAUUGUGACUGCUCUGGACAGCAAUCUGAACUUGGAUGCACUGGCCAGGUAGACAGGAAAAGCCCCGCAAACUUUUGAAUUUCCUUUCCUGUUUGCCCAGCGUGGAGAGCUGAUCAGCACAGGUGACAAUGCAGAGCUCAUCAGCACAGGUGACCAUGCAGUCCCAGAAUCGAAAAAGAGCUCCAGCAUGGACCGUACGGGAGGUACUGGAUCUGAUCACUGUAUGGGGAGAUGAAUCUGUGCUAUCAGAACUCCGUUCCAAAAGACGGAAUGCCAAAACAUUUGAAAAAAUCUCCAAGGCCAUGAGGGACAGAGGCCACAACAGGGACUCAACACAGUGCCGCGUGAAAUUUAAGGAGCUGAGACAAGCGUACCAGAAAGCCAAAGAAUCAAACGGACGCUCCGGGACAGAGCCCCAGACAUGCUGCUUCUAUGCUGAGCUGCAGGCAAUUCUAGGGGAGGCCACCACCACUACCCCACCCUUGGCCGUGGACUCCGAUGAUGGAGUACUCUCAGUUGCCAUGUCUAAGGAUUUUGCAGGCGGGGAAGAUGAGGAGGAGGAGGAGGAGGAGGUUGAGGAGAGCACACAGCACACCAUUCUCCCCGACAGCCAGGAUCUUUUUCUCACCCUGACUGAAAUACCCUCCCAAGGUGGUAUUCCAGACCAUGAAGCUGUAGAAGGGACCUCUGCUGCAAAUGUUUCAAGCCUCCCUCCUCCGUCCCAAAGGCUAUCUCAGAUAAGGCGGCAAAAAAACACGCACAUGCGAUGAAAUGUUCUCUGAGCUCAUGCAGGCUGUCCCGCACUGAAAGAGCUCAGCAGAAAGUGUGGAGGGACGCAAUAGCACAGAACAGGAAAGCGGCCAGUGAACGUGAGGAGAGGUGGCGGCAGGAAGAUCAGAGGAGGCAGGAUGCAACGCUGGGGCUACUGCGGGAACAAACGGACAUGAUCCCGCGUCUGGUGGAGGUUCAGGAAUGUCAGCUGGAGAGACUGCCACUGCAACCCCUGUUUAACCACCCUCCCUCCUCCCCAAGUUCCAUGGCUGCCUCCUCACCCAGAUGCCCAAGAACGUGGGGGCGGAGGCUCUGGGCACCCAACCACUCCACCCCAGUGGACAGAAGGUUGUCAUUCAACAAGUAUUGAAGUGGCCUUUUCCUUUCCUCCUCCCCCACCCCACCCGGGCUACCUUGUGAGGUAUCUCCCUAUUUUUAUAAUCAAUUAAUAAAGAAUACAUGUUUUUU